UAUUAAUUUAGUUUUCAAAAUAUUAAUACAAAAAUUCUUAGUGAAAUUUUAUUAAAAAUUCUAAAAAAAUAUAUAUAAUUAAAUAACUUAAAAAUUUAUAGUAUUCAAAAUAAUGGUUUUAACACAAUUUCUGAAAAUGCCCCUUCUCUUGGGUCGCUGGGUGAAUCGGGCUUUCACAUCUUCAGUUACUUCAACCUCCAUAAAUUGCCUGCAACAACAGCAGCUGCGUUCUAAAGCUACAAAAAUGGAUUGUAAACAUCUGGAACCCAAGUGCGGUGAUCGUUUUAAACAGGAACCCUGUAAUCCCCGACAAGUGGAUAUAGUAUUAAAACAACCUGCACCAGAACCCUUACCCAUACAAAAACGUGCCAUUAAAUUAAAACAUCCUGCUGAAUGUUGCGGCAAUCCUUGUGUAGAUGCCUAUCCACGUUUUGAUUUAUUGUACUACAAACGUAGUGAUAAACUUAAUCGUGAAUAUCAACAAACCUGGGCGGAAUGUCCAGAGUUGAUAAGAAAGCCUAAAGUUAUUUGCUGUUAUGAUAAAAUCAAACAACCCAAAUGGCCAAAACGACCACGUAAGCAUAGGCCACAAACGGCCUGUGAGCAAAAAUGUUCUAGUGCUCAUUAUAAAUGUCCUCGCAUGACCAUGGAGGGUUGUCGCCAAGCUCAUAUACCACCCAAAUGUAGACCAACUAAAACUAAAUCUAACUGUAAGAAACGCAAAGCACCCUUUCCGGCUUAUUCGGAAUGUUCACGUAAAUUACCUAGACCAAGACAUCCCAUAGAAUGUCGUUGCCUGUUGACACCCUCUAUGUGUGAGGUAUGGGUACAUCAUUUUAAAAUGCAAAGAAUAAAGAAAAUAAAUUUAUGUUAAGCUUAAGUUUAAGAUUUCACCGGAAGUCUUAGAUUUAAGCUUAAAAGAAAUUUUAUUUCUUUAGUCAAAUGUAAUUGCAAAAAGAAAGAAUAUUGGUUGGGAAAAUUGAAUUUAAUUUUUUUUUUUGUAAGAAAUUUUAUUAUUCAUUUUAUAAUUUCUUAAAAUAAUAAUAAUAAAAAUAUUGUAAUAUUUAGCAAAACAAAAU